AUGCCCGCUUCCAUUUGUGAUCCAGUAUCAAACGCGUUGCGUUUAUCUAUUACUGCAGACGAAUCACAAAGUUCAUCAUUAUUAGACAGUAGACUUUAUUCUUCCGCGAAAGGAGUGUUACUGACAAAGAUUGACUUUGAAGAAUCGGGGGAUUUUCAAAGCAAUGUUCUUGAUGGGUUGAAGUCUAAGUACGUGGUUAUACGACCUAAAAAGCCUGUGCUAGAUGGAAAACUUUUGAAAAAAGAAGGAGUUACUUCUAACCAAAUACAAGAUGGCAGUAAACAUAUUGAAGAAGGUUUACCAAAACCUAAAAGGGUUUUAUUUCCUGUUGAGAGAGUUCAAUUAGGAUGGCAGAGUGCAUGGGCAGCAGGAGCUGGCAUGCAGAAUGUUGGCAACACUUGUUAUUUGAAUUCCACUCUGCAGGCUUUAUUUCACGUACCUGCUUUAGCCAAUUGGUUGGUGACAGAAUCAACACAUGCUGAAAAAUGUAACCAGCAAGAAGCUUGUGUUAUAUGUGGCAUGCGUGCCACUUUAAUUGCUACACAAAAGAGCGGGGGAGCUCCAAUAAAGCCUUGGCAAGUAUAUUCAAAGUUGCGUCUGAUAUGUAGACACCUUACUCCAGGACGACAAGAGGAUGCUCAUGAAUUUUUAAGAUACUUAGUAGAAGCAAUGGAAAAAUGUUACUUGUCACGUUUUGUAAAUUCUGACAAGUUGGAUCAGUACAGUAAAGAAACUACACCGUUAAACCAGAUUCUGGGUGGUUAUUUGCGAUCAACUGUGCGGUGUUUAGCCUGUCAUCACCUCUCAACAACUUAUCAACAUUUUCAGGACCUUUUAUUGGAUAUAAGAAAGCACUCAACAUUAGAUGAAGCUUUGGAUUCAUUCUUUUCAAGAGAAAGAUUAGAAGACUUAGGUUACAAGUGUGAAGCAUGCAAUAAAAAGGUAUCAGCUACAAAACAGUUCUUUGUAGAACGCGCUCCAAUGGUGCUAUGUAUUGCUCUAAAAAGAUUUUCCUUAACCGGAGGGAAAUUGUCAAAGCAUGUUCAAUUUAGAAAAAAAUUAACACUACAAAAAUAUGUGUACAAUAAGAACAAUAAUCAGCAGUUGUCUUAUAAACUUGUGAGCUUGGUGACUCAUCUUGGACCAUCUCAAAACUGUGGACACUACACUGCAAUAGGACAAGCUCCUAACAGUAACUACUAUCAAUUUGAUGACAGCUGUGUGCGGCCAUUGCCUCUGUCUGCCGUAUUAGGCACAAAUGCAUAUAUUAUGUUUUACGAAAAAGACAACAGCGUCGAAGACUCGUCCGUCCCUGUCGCUUCUACUUCUAGUGCAGUGUAUGGACCACAAUUGCCAGACAGUAUUAGUAGAGACAAAAGUCCAUUAAAGUUGACUUUCUAUCGAAACGAUGAAAAGAAACCAAUUAUCCUUAACAGCACUGCAACAGAAGUGAACAAAUCUGAAAAUAAACCUAUAAUCUUAAAUAGUACAUUAUGUAAAAGUUCAGAUUCCAAUAAUUCAAAUACUGAACCUUGGGUGGUCAAACAGAAUGGUGAAGUGGAAAAAGUGAUACAAACUCCCAAGACCUCAAACGGAAUCGAAAGGUCCAAUUUCAAAAUGGAUGACGACAAGAAGAUCAGUUUCAUUAUCAAAAGACAGAGUGGUGAAGAUAGUCAUGUUAAAGCGAAACUCGUUAGGAGCGAUUCCGAGGCGAGGAUGAUCGCUGGAAAAACGCCGGUUGCUUCGACGAGUAAGGUGGUCAGGCUGCCGAAGUCGCCUCUAGAAAAGCUGGAGGAGCAAAUGAACAAGAGCGACGCCACAAGUUCAUCUCAAAGGGUGGUGACUAAUGGCUCCUCAGGAUCUCGGCUUGUGCCUUACGACUCUGAGUCGAGUGGAGAUGAGCGCGAGCGUCUCGACGAAAGACCUCCGCAUGGCGUGCCAAGACUUAAGCCCAGCCGCUGUCACGAGCCGCAGGGCCUAGUAGUAACCACCAAGGGAAUGCACCAUUCUUGGACGGUCUCUAGCGAGAACAGUGCACCGCUCCUUAGCCCCAGUUUAAACGGCGUUACUAAUAAAAGGGUGAAAGAGAAAGAAGAGCGCGGUUCAGAAAAUGAACAAAGUCCGAACACUAGUGUGAGCAGUAUGUCGCCUCUCAGUGAACACAGUGAGGGCGGAGGUCGCGGGGCGCCGGCCCCCGCCCCGGGCCCCGCCCCCGCCGCCGCCAUGUUGCCGGGGCCUGCCGCCCGACAUAUGUUGUCCCUCUCGCACCGUGGUUACGGCGCUCCUGUCUCAUCUUGGAAUGGGUCGCAUAGCGUCCUCUCACGACAGGUGUUUGAAGAAAAACGUGAAGAACGAAAACGGGCUUUGGAAGCGGUCGACGAUAUGGAUCGCGGACGCAAUAAGAAAGUGAAGAAGUUCCACCACUACAACCGAUUCAAUAACAACAGGAACGGAUAUAAUCCUUUCCAGGAAAAACAGAACAAACCACACUGGGGAGGUAAUUUCAAGUACCGCGGUGACAGGAGGCCACCACAUCACUUCAACAAACAUCACAACAACAAAUACAACAAACGAUUUAACAACAGAUACAACAAUGGGCAUCAUUAUCCGAGACACCAUUGA